AUGCCGAUUCUCCGCCCCCGGGUCGGGAUCCGACGCGAGGCGAGGGACUGCGGGCGGCGGGGAGGGGAAAGUGCCGUCUCUCCUCCGGGGCCUCGGGACCAGUCCCGGAGCGCGCUGGCCAACCGGCGGCCCCUCUGCGCGCGCCGCGGGGCCCGAAGAUGCGGAACUUGCUCCGGGACGCCUAGAGAGGACCGGAGGAGCCCUCGCGAGCCGAAGCUGGAGGAGCAAAGCGAGGCGGCGCUAAGGAGUUUGACCUGUCCUUCACGUUGGAGAGGGUCUUACCGUCUGAGCUUCCUCUACACCGGGGUGUCCAGGCCCACUGACAGCCUCCCUAGCUUCCAGGCCACUGCUUACCUCAAUGACCAGGUCUUCUUUCACUAUGACAGUAAAAGCAGGAAGGCCAUACCCCUGGACCCAUGGAGCCAGAUGGAAGGAAUAGAGGACUGGGAGAAGGAGAGUGAACUUCAGCAGGCCAGGGAGAGCAUCUUCAUGGAGACUCUGCAGGACAUCAUGGACUAUUACAAGGACAGAGAAGGGUCUCACACCUUUCAGGGAAGGUUUGGCUGUGAGCUCCUGAAUAACGAAAGCAGUGGAGCGUUCUGGAAGUAUGCCUACGAUGGACAGAACUUCAUCGAGUUCAACAGAGAAAUCCCAGGCUGGGUCCCCCAGGACCCAGCAGCUCUGAACACCAAGCGGAAGUGGGAGGCAGAAGAGGUCUACGUGCAGCGGGCCAAGGCCUAUCUGGAAGAGGAGUGCCCGGCGAUGCUGCGGAGGUACCUGCAAUAUGGCAAGGCCUUCCUGGACCGACGAGAUCCCCCAUCUAUGUCCAUCACCAGGACCCCAGGAGAAGACACAAUCAAGUGCUGGGCCAGUGACUUCUACCCACAAGAUAUUGAUCUGCACUGGAUUCAGGGGGGCAAUACAGUAGAGACUGAGGUGAGGGGAGACCUUCUCCCCAGUGGAAACGGCACUUACCUGUCCUGGGUGUCUUUGACAGUUUCCCCUUGGAGAACUAAGAACACAGUCUUCUGUCGCAUAGUGCACAGCAGCCUGGACCAGCCCCUCACUGGGCUGUAGGACAUGAAGCAGGGAACCAGGGCUGACAGCCGCAAGGGGACUCAGGUGCAGCAGUCACCCUUCCUGCGGAACGCCAGAAGAUGAGCUCUAGAAAUCACCGUCGGCAUGACCAGUGGGGCCCAGGGAACAGUGCGAGAAGUCAGGGGACAGAAGAUUUGAAUGCCGGCCACUGAGCUGACUCACUGCUAAAUUCUCUUGCAAAACCCCAUUAUCUAAUCUAUAGAAUCAAAUCAACAGUAAUCACCUUGCCUAGCACACAGUGUAGGAAGAUUUUUCAACUGCAAUGGAGUAAAAAUAAUGAGUACGUGUUACCAUUCGUCCUGUGCUCCUAAGCCUCUGAUUCAUCUGAAAUUCUCGGCAUCGACUCAAAGCAGCGUUUCUGGGCAUCACGACCUGGGGUGUCAACUGUAGCGUGGCAUGGACCACCUGGUCCGUUGGGCCUUGUUCAGGAGCCCACUGUGGAUGUCCCAUCUGUUGUGAGGUUAGAGAACCUCUUUAAUACAAACCCAAGCCUCCUCUGUGCCUCAG